AUGGCUACGGGUUGCACAGUAACUGUAAUAUGUCGUCCACAAGAUGGCUACGGGUUGCACAGUAAACUAGCCACUUCGGUGGCAAUAUCUAAAAAACUAAUCCUCAAGUCUAGACCUUGUCUGCGGGUCAUGUCAGCACAGGUCGGGUUAGGUAAGCACGUUAAUCUCCACCACCCGCAAUCCCUUCCGGAUUUCAACGAUGUGGCGUCCCUGGAACAUAUCGCUAGGAAUGCCGCGGUAAAUCCCCCCGAAGACGACGAGGAUUUCGACGAAAAUCCCUUUGAAAACGAGACGGAUUUAUCUGUAAUCAUGAAACGCAUGUAUGAAUCCCUCACUCGCAGGCUGAACUUGCUGAAAUCCCGGAUUACAAGCGUCGAACAGACCGCGGGAGACGUCUUCGCGCGAUUAACGGUCCUAGACUGCGCGGAUUUACUGGCCCGGGGCCAGAAGGAGUCCCUAGUGUAUACCUUCCACAUGGACCACAACGGUAAGAGACCAGUUACGGUCUUUUGCGAUAUGGAAACCGAUGGGGGCGGCUGGACCGUAAUCCAGCGCCGUCUACAUCACCCGCGAUCUGCCGAUUUCAACCGCGGCUGGUACGACUACAAGAUGGGCUUCGGUAGCGCUUACAACGACUACUGGAUCGGUCUUGAGAAUAUCUACAUACUCACUAACACGCGCCACUACGAGAUGCGUGUAGAUCUCACGGACUUCGCUGGCGACACGGCCUUCGCCACCUACGACACUUUUUACGUCGAAGGCGAAGAGCAGGGCUACAGGCUGCAUGUCGCCGGCUACAGCGGCACGGCUGGCGAUGCCCUGGGCAACGAGGGUAAGCCGGACAACUUCACCGCGGACGGCAUGAUGUUUACGACACGCGACAGCGACCACGACACGUCCCGCGAGAUCAACUGCGCGAAGUACUGGAAGAUAGGUGGCUGGUGGUUCAAUAGGUGCUCCUGGGCCAACCUCAACGGCCCCUACAAGGAGUCAGGUGACGGGAUAGGUAUCAACUGGCACAUGUGGAGGAACAAGCAGUACCUAAAAUCUUCAUCUAUAAUGAUCAGACCAUCCAAGAGCCUGGAGACCAGCCAGGAGACCAGCCAGGAGCCCUGAGCCUGGAGACCAGCCAGGAGCCCUGAGCCUGGAGACCAGCCAGGAGACCAGCCAGGAGACCAGCCAGGAGACCAGCCAGGAGCCCUGAGACCAGCCAAGAGCCUGGAGACCAGCCAGGAGACCAGCCAGGAGCCCUGAACCUGGAGACCAGCCAGGAAACCAGCCAAGAGCCUUGAGACCAGCCAGGAGCCUUGAGACCAGCCAGGAGCCUUGAGACCAGCCAGGAGCCUUGAGACCAGCCAGGAGCCUUGAGACCAGCCAGGAGCCCUGAGCCUGGAGACCAGCCAGGAAACCAGCCAAGAGCCUUGAGACCAGCCAGGAGCCUUGAGACCAGCCAGGAGCCUUGAGACCAGCCCGGAGUCUUGAGACCAGCCAGGAGACCAGUCAGGAGCCUUUAGACCAGCCAGGAGCCUUGAGACCAGCCAGGAGCCUUAAGACCAGCCAGGAGACCAGUCAGAAACCUUGAGACCAGCCAGGAGCCUUGAGACCAGCCAGGAGUCUUGAGACCAGCCAGGAGACCAGUCAGAAACCUUGAGACCAGCCAGGAGCCUUAAGACCAGCCAGGAGACCAGUCAGAAACCUUGAGACCAGCCAGGAGCCUUAAGACCAGCCAGGAGACCAGUCAGGAGCCUUGAGACCAGCCAGGAGCCUUAAGACUAACCAGGGCUCUAUGAGCAGGGACGGAUAAAACGAGUGAAGUCUAAGUUUCAGGGCCUCUAAUCCGAAGGGCCCCAAGAGCGACUUUAGUCCACAUUACUUAAAAAAAUUGGGUCUACUGUAAGAAAAGUGGUAUUUUCAGAACUAAUAAUAUCAAUAAUGGAGUGUGAUCCAAAAAAAUAACAGCUGAAAUAGAGAGUGGCCUUUGAGAAACCAAGGUGGCCCGGUGGUCUGGUGGCUAAAGCUCCCGCUUCACACACGGAGGGCCCGGGUUCGAUUCCCGGCGGGUGGAAAUUCCGACACGUUUCCUUACACCUAUUGUCCUGUUCACCUAGCAGCAAAUAGGUACCUGGGUGUUAGUGGACUGGUGUGGGUGGCAUCCUGGGGGACAAGAUUAAGGACCACAAUGGAAAUAAGUUAGACAGUCCUCGAUGACGCACUGACUUUCUUGGGUUAUCCUGGGUGGCUAACCCUCCGGGGUUAAAAAUCCGAACGAAAUCUUAUCUUAUCUUAUCUUACCACGGGCGGGAUUGAACCCGCGGUCAGAGAGUCUCAAAACUCCAGACAGUCGCGGGUUCAAUCCCCGCCCGUGGUAUGGUUUGUUUGCAAUCGUGUCAUUACGAUUUCGUGAGACCUUUGAGACGUGAGACAGUCCAGUACUACACCGAUUUUUAUCAAAAUCUGUGAUGUUAGGGGUCGAUUUUUAACAAAAUCUGUGGUGGUCUGUGGCGGAACCACUGAAGAAUACCUGGGGUAUACCUGGGGUAUACCUGGGGUAUACCUGGGGUUUACCUGGGGUAUACCUGGGGUAUACCUGGGGUAUACCUGGGGUAUACCUGGAGUAUACUUGGCCUGGUUUGUGACCAGGCGUUGUGGUGGAUCAGGACCUGAGGCCUGGUCACGGACCAGGCCGCGGGGUGGCCCUUGACCUGGCUCCACCAGCUUCUGCCAGCCUUUACCAGCCUCUACCAGGAUCUACCUGGCUCUACCAGCCUCUACCAGCCUCUAGCAGCCUCUACCAGGCUCUACCUGGCUCUACCAGCUUCUACCAGCUUUUACCAGCCUCUAUCAGGAUCUACCUGGCUCUACCAGCCUCUACCAGCCUCUACCAGCCUCUACCAGGCUCUAUCUGGCUCUACCAGCUUCUACGAGCCUUUACCAGCCUCUAUUAGGCUCUGCCUGGCUCUACCAUCUUCCACCAGCCUUUCCCAGCCUCUACCAGGAUCUACCAGGCUCUACAAGCCUCUACCAACCUCUAGCAGCCUCUACCAGGCUCUACCUGGCUCUACCAGCCUCUACUAGGAUCUAUCUGAC